AUGACGAAGUCUGAAAAACAAAAAAUCUUAAGGAAGCACAAGUCUACUACUCAGAUAGAGGCACAAAAUAAGAAUAGAAAGAACAUGUAUAGCGCUAUGAAUCCUACAAGUAAGAAACGUCUUCUUGAAAGCAAUAAACUUAAAUACCAAGAGAUGGAUUCUAUGCAUAAAAAAAGACUUCUUGAUAAAAAUGCGCAUAAAUACAAGGAAAUGGACUCUGCGAAAAAAAAUGCACUCCUUGAAAGUAACAAAACUAAGUACAAGGAAAUGGACUCUGCGAAAAAGAAUGCGCUAAUUGAAAGUAACAAAACUAAAUACAAGGCAAUGGACUCUGCGAAAAAAAAUGCACUCGUGGAAAGUAACAAAACUAAAUACAAGGAAAUGGACUCUGCGAAAAAAAAUGCACUCGUACAAAUUAACAAAACUAAGUACAAGGAAAUGGACUCUGCGAAAAAAAAUGCACUUGUACAAAGUAACAAAACUAAAUACAAGGAAAUAGACUCUGCCAAAAAAAAUGCACUCCUUGAAAGUAACAAAACUAAAUACAAGGAUAUGGACUCUGCGAAAAAGAAUGCGCUAAUUGAAAGUAACAAAACUAAAUACAAGGAAAUGGAUUCUGCGAAAAAAAAUGCACUCAGUGAAAGUAACAAAAGUAAAUUCAAAGAAAUGGACUCUGCGAAAAAAAAUGCACUCAGUGAAAGUAACAAAAGUAAAUUCAAAGAAAUGGACUCUGCGAAAAAAAAUGCACUCAGUGAAAACAACAAAAGUAAAUACAGAGAAAUGGACUCUAGUAAAAAAGAAGUGCUUCUUCAAAGUGCAAAACGUAAAUACCAAGAGAUGGCUCCCACAGAAAAAAAUAGCCUUCUUGAAAAUAAGAAGAUGAAAUACAUGGAAAUGAAUCCUUUCAAUAAGAAACAUCUUCUUGACGAUUAUGCACGCAAAUACCAAGAAAUGAACUCUCACAAAAAGAAUGCUCUUCUUGAAAAAAAGAGACUUAAAUAUCAAGAGAUCGGUCCUGCAGAAAAGAAACGACUUUGUGAAGAAGCUUCACGUAAAUACAAAGAAAUCGAUCCAUGUGAAAAAAAGGUACUUCGUGAAAAACGCGCAAUGAAUUACGAAACAAUGGACUCUGGUGAGAAAGAAGUUCACCGUGAAAAAAGUAGAAUGAGCAAAAAACAUAAGCGUCAAGAGAACAAAUCAAACUUAACAUUGGAUCAUUUCAUAGCAAUCUUUAACAGAAAAAUAAGAGAAGGUCCUUAUUUCAUAUGUUCGGUCUGCAAUCGUCUCUUGUAUAGAAAGUCUGUGAGAUCUCUUAAGAGAGAAAAUUAUGAUUCCAUUCCAAACUCUGUAUUCACGAACGUAACAUCAUUUGACAACAAAGAAUAUAUUUGUGCAACAUGUCAUUUAAAGGUUUCAAAGGGUAAAAUUCCUUGUCAAUCAGUGUACAACGACAUGUCUGUUGAUGAAAUUCCAGCGGAACUUGCAGCUCUAGAAAAACUUGAACAAAUUCUUAUUGCACAAAGAAUUGUUUUUGAAAAAAUAAUUGUAAUGCCAAAAGGACAACAGAAAAAAGUUGCUGGCGCAAUUUGUAAUGUACCAGUUGAUUGUGAUCAAAUAUGUAAUGUAUUGCCACGCCCUCCCGAAAGAUCUGGUAUAAUAAUGCUAAAACUUAAACGUAAACUUGAAUUCAGAGGUCAUGUUUAUUUCGAAGCAGUGCGUCCACAAGUGAUUCAAGAUGCCUUGAAUUGGCUUAAACAGAACAAUUAUUUGUACUCCAGUGUAGCAAUUGACAUAAAUAAUGUAAGUGACAAUCUUAAAGAAUUAAGGGAACAGGUGCAUAAUACACCUGCGAAAACAUCUUCAAAUAAAUUACCAGAUAAUGAUGAUAGUGACAAUGAAGAAAACGACGAUCCAUUAAAUAAAUAUCGCCGGGCUACACAUGAAACAUGCCUACAGUUAAGUCUACCAGACUAUCCUGUAACUUCACAACAAGUAAAUGUUUCAUUGGGUAAUGAGAUUUACAAUAUUGCACCUGGAGAAAAUAGACAUCCUGCGUCAAUAAUGACUGACCACGGAUGUGAACCGCUUGCUUUCCCAGUAUUAUUUCCAAAAGGACGCUUUGGUUACAAACAUGAAAGAAAAAUAUCGUUAUCUUCAGUAAAAUACUUUAAUGCUCGGCUGUUGCAUUACAGUGGAAGAUUUGCUACAAAUCCAGAAUAUCUAUUUUUUGCACAAUUCGUCAUGGAACAAAAGAAAGUUGCUGAUAGUAUUAAUAUAGCUUUAAAAAAGAUCCAAGGGCAACCUGUUACUGUAUCACAAAUGAAAUCAGAUAUAAAUAAACUAAAGAGUUUAAUAUGUCAAGAUCAAGCAUAUCUGUUCUUAAGACAAAUUCCUGGUACACCACCAUACUGGCAGAAAUUUAUGUACGAAGUUGUUGCAAUGGUAAAACAACUUGGCAUUCCAACAUGGUUUAUGACAUUAUCAUGUGCUGACCUCAGAUGGACCGAGUUGUUUCAAAUAGUUGCUAGAACGCAAGGAAGAAAUAUAAGUGAAGACGAAAUUGAAGCCUUAACUUAUGCUGAAAGAUGUCAAUUGCUUAAUGUAAAUCCAGUUGUUACAGCAAAACAUUUUCAACACAGAGUUGAAACUUUCUUUCGUGAGGUACUUCUAAGUGAAAUUAACCCAAUAGGGAAAAUAACUUACUACGCUCUUCGCAUUGAGUUUCAAAUGAGAGGAUCACCACAUUUACAUGCAUUAAUAUGGACAUCUGACUGCCCAAAGCUUACAUCAGAGACAAAAACCAGUUUUGUUGAAUUUAUUGAUCAACAUGUGCAAGCUAACCUUCCAAAUGAAGAACACGAACCUGAACUGCAUAAUUUAGUCAAAAUGUAUCAAAAGCACACCCAUUCAAAAACCUGUAGGAAAUAUAAAAACAUAAGUUGUCGUUUUAACUUUGGACAGUUUUUUACAAAACAAACUAUAGUUGCUGAACCUUUAGAUGAGAACAUCGAUGACGAAGUCAAACUAAAUAUUCUAAACAGACGUAAGGAGAUUCUCUCCUUAGUUAAGCAGAAAAUUGAUGAAGUGUUAAAUCCAUCUAACGAUAAGUACGAUGCAACUUUAACAGAGAAAAAUAUCUUUGAUUCAGUGGGUAUUACUGAAGAAGAAUACUACAGAGCACUAUCGAUUUCACCAGACUCUGAUUUUGACCUAUACCUGAAACGGCCAGUAGACAGUUGUUUUAUUAACAACUACUUUGUUGCUGGUAUCAAAGGAUUUGCAGCAAAUGUUGACUUACAACCAGUUUUCAAUCACUACAAAUGUGUGACAUACGUUUGCUCUUACUUCACAAAGGAUGAAACUGAGUGUUCCCAAGCUAUUGUUAACGCAGCAAAAGAAGCCAAGUCAUCAAAUAUGAAUGUCAGAGAUGGGUUGAAAAAAAUUGGUGCUGCUUUUCUUUCUACAAGGGAAGUUAGCUCACAAGAAUGUGUGUAUAGAUGUAUGCCUGAAUUGUGGUUGAGAAAAAUAUUCCCCAAAACAAUAUUUGUUAGUACUGAUUUGCCUGAGAAGCGAAUACGUGUAACCAAAACUGAAAAUGAGCUUGAUGAACUUGAUGAAGAGAGCACUGAUAUAUUCAAGUCUAAUAUCAUUGAACGUUAUAGUUUAAGACCAAAUCGAAUCCCAUCUGUCGAUGCCUUAUGUUUAGCACAAUUUGCUACACUAUAUUAUAAGGAUUAUAAACCAGAUGAUGCCGAGACAAAAGAUUCUCAACCUAGUUGUUUAGAUGACGAUCUACUUGAAUCACGUAACUCAACUCUCGAUAAUGUUGAUACUGGUCUUCCCGCUAAAAUAAAAUUAAUGAACAAAAAUGAAUAUAUGAAAUGUAGAAAAGUUAAAGCGGUUUUAAGAUAUCACACACCAAACAAAACAAAAGAACCAGAAUUAUACUUUCAUCACUUGCUCAUGUUGUAUUAUCCAUGGAGAGAAGAAACAGAGCUAUUAUCUGCAGAUCAAACAUAUUCAUCUAAGUUUCAUGAAGCUGACGUUCAAGCUGUCAUUGAAAGGAACAGAGCAAUGUUUGAACCUAACGCGGAUGCGAUAACGGAAGCAUUCGAGUCAAUCAGAAGCAAUCCAGGAACAAACCAUUCCUUUUCAUACGACUCAAUAAAUGAUCAAGAAAACUCCGAUAUUCAAGAAGAAGCACCAAACGAUCUAAAUCCUGACGAAUCAUUCAAUGAACAACAGCCAUCAGAUUUAGGCCAAACACAACCAUGUCAGCCUUCUUCUGGAACCAUCACUCACCACACCCAACCAUCAGAAAUUUCUGAUGACGAGCUACGUCAAUCAGUUAGAUCUUUGAAUCCAGAACAAAGACGAGCCUAUGAUAUAGUUCUGUCUUGGUGUAGAAAAUUAAUAAAAAACAUGAAUAGCUUGAAACCUGUUGAAAUAGAACCAAUCUAUCUCUUUCUUACUGGAGGUGGCGGUGCUGGUAAAAGUCAUUUGAUAAAAACUAUAUACCACACAGCAGUUAAAACGUUUAGACAUCCUCCAUUUAACCCAGAGUUACCAACUGUUUUAUUAAUGGCACCAACAGGAGUUGCGGCAAUAAAUAUUGAUGGAACAACAAUAAAUACGGGACUGGCUAUCCUAAAGAAGCUAAUGAUUACAUUCUGCAAUGUCUGA